AUGAUGAUAACAGAACCCACAGAUUGCUGGCCUGAUAGGGCAAGGUGUUGUGUGCAUUAUACUAGUUGCAUGAUGCAAAUUUUCUCAUUAAAGUUGGCUAGAAUUUCUACUAACAUGGACUCCAUACAACUAUAUGGAUACAUAGCAGUGCGGGAUUGUCAAGAUCAAUUGCUUAAUUAUGUUAUUAAUCAUAGCAGGGAUGAUCCCAUCAUUAUGCGACAGGGUUCUCUCAUUGAGAUGACUGGACCUAAGCGAGGCAUCUCAAUGACUUCCUCUGUUCUAAUAGAGUUUGACAUGAGGAUUAAGAUAGGAGAGCAAGAAGAAGAUGAUUUACAAUUAGUUGACGGGGUAGCAGACUACUGCAAUCUAACCAUGCCUUGCACGCCAUUCACGAAUCGCAUUCAUGGGGAUUGUGGUGCAGUUGACAUCACUUUAGCAAUGUUGUACAGGGCAGUGGAGGCAACAAUAGAGGUUAACGUAUCAAAACUGCAGAGUGGAUUCAAUUUGUCUCUCAGUUCGUUCGUGUUUAUCCGUGGGUCACCUCACAGAAUUGAGCUCUUUCCUGGCACUAUUGGCGAGUCAUGUAGCUUAAGAAGACGUGUGAUUUCCGUAACAAAGGAUACUCCGAUGCAUCUAAAGUUCAAAUAUGGUCAAGAAGGCUCUAAAAAUGGUGAGCUUGAACGCUGCUGCUACUUCAAAGCGAGCAUCCAUGGACGUGCCUGUCGACAAAUAAAACUUAAGCCUGCCUUUAUCUCAGUGAAGGUGACUUGGUCUGCUGUUUUUUGA